AAAAAAAAAAAAAAAAAAAAAAAAAAAAAAAAAAAAAAAAAAAAAAAAAAAAAAAAAAAAAAAAAAAAAAAAAAAAAAAAAAAAAAAAAAAAAAAAAAAAAAAAAAAAAAAAAAAAAAAAAAAAAAAAAAAAAAAAAAAAAAAAAAAAAAAAAAAAAAAAAAAAAAAAAAAAAAAAAAAAAAAAAAAAAAAAAAAAAAAAAAAAAAAAAAAAAAAAAAAAAAAAAAAAAAAAAAAAAAAAAAAAAAAAAAAAAAAAAAAAAAAAAAAAAAAAAAAAAAAAAAAAAAAAAAAAAAAAAAAAAAAAAAAAAAAAAAAAAAAAAAAAAAAAAAAAAAAAAAAAAAAAAAAAAAAAAAAAAAAAAAAAAAAAAAAAAAAAAAAAAAAAAAAAAAAAAAAAAAAAAAAAAAAAAAAAAAAAAAAAAAAAAAAAAAAAAAAAAAAAAAAAAAAAAAAAAAAAAAAAAAAAAAAAAAAAAAAAAAAAAAAAAAAAAAAAAAAAAAAAAAAAAAAAAAAAAAAAAAAAAAAAAAAAAAAAAAAAAAAAAAAAAAAAAAAAAAAAAAAAAAAAAAAAAAAAAAAAAAAAAAAAAAAAAAAAAAAAAAAAAAAAAAAAAAAAAAAAAAAAAAAAAAAAAAAAAAAAAAAAAAAAAAAAAAACAAAAAAAAAAAAAAAAAAAAAAAAAAAAAAAAAAAAAAAAAAAAAAAAAAAAAAAAAAAAAAAAAAAAAAAAAAAAAAAAAAAAAAAAAAAAAAAAAAAAAAAAAAAAAAAAAAAAAAAAAAAAAGGAACCCGCCCCAUGAAGGGAGAGACUUUGCAUUACUCGGGCGAUCGCAAAAUUUUCCCCCCCUGGGUUUUGCUCUUCUUACCGUCCCCUCAGAUCAAAACGGGGGCCGUCAGCUCUAGCUUCCGGGCAUCAUCAUCUAAUCGCCAGGGUAAGAUCACCCUCACGGGAACCUGGGAACCAGCGGGGUCAGCCUUGUGCACGGUCACCCAGCGCUCCCGUGUAGAAGGUACCAGUUUCGAGAUUAAAACACAAGGAAUGGACUCUCUUGACACAAGGAGCGGGUUCUCUCGACACAAGGAAUGGGUUCUCUCGACACAGGGAAUGGGUUCUCUAGACACAAGGAAUGGGCUCUCUCGACACAAGGUAUGGGUUCUCUCGACACAAGGAAUGGGUUCUCUCGACACAGGGAACAAGUUCUCUCGACACAAAGAACGGGUUCUCUCGACACUCUAA